AGCUUCAAAAGGUUACAACUGUUCAGUUAAAAACUUGAAGAAAAAGAAAAAAAAUGGUCUUUCUCCUGAAGGACAGUAAAGAAGGGGCAGACAAGCCACCAAUAAACUAAGGUUGAGAAAGUCACUCCCCUCCCCUUUCAGCUUUUGCUUAGUGAUGUGGCAAGGGUUUGUUGGAGUUAGAUUUGCUUUUCAUUUGGAGGAAGGAAUGCGUUGUUCCAUAGCAUGGAGGGAGCUCCGCUGUGGCUGAUGGAAUUCUCGGAGACUCCAGAACCACUAUCGGAACCUCGCCAUUCAUGGCUGGGAACUCGGCACCUUCAAGUUCUGCUGGGACCUUUGUGCUUCUCUUCCAGUGUGGGCAAAUGUGUCUGUAAGAGUGGUGUGAGGUGGGCCUGAUCAGAAUAAUGUUCAACAUCCAUCCUCUGGAGAACCUCAAGGUUUACAUCAGCAGUCGACCUCCGCUCGUGGUGUUUAUGAUCAGCGUCAGCGCAAUGGCAAUUGCCUUCCUGACCCUGGGCUAUUUCUUUAAAAUCAAGGAGAUCAAGUCACCUGAAAUGGCAGAGGACUGGAAUACUUUCCUUCUGCGGUUUAAUGACUUGGACUUCUGUAUUUCGGAGAAUGAAACAUUAAAGCACCUCAUCAAUGACACCACGACUCCGGAAAGUGCCAUGACCAGUAGCCAAGCCAGGCCUUCCACGCCAUCGCCACAGACUCUUGAGGAUUCUGGUCCAGUUAACACCUCAGUUGUCAUCACUCUGACACUGGACCCACUCAAACCCUUUGGUGGCUUUUCCCGAAAUGUCACACACUUGAGUUCCACUAUUUUUGGACAUCAAAUUGGACUCUCAGGCAGAGAAGCUCAUGAGGAAAUCAACAUCACGUUUACCCUGCCGGUUGCCUGGAAUUCAGAUGACUGUAUUCUCCAUGCUCGCUGCGAGCAAGUCAGCUUCACAACCUGCAUGACGGUUACAGCGGCCAGCACUGUCUUUCCUGUCACAGUUCAGCCGCCACACUGCAUUCCGGAAACGUAUGUUAAUGCCACUUUCUGGUAUAAGAUCUUCACCACUGCACGGGACUCCAACACAAAAUACACCCAAGAUUACAACCCAUUCUGGUGUUACAAAGGAGCUGUUGGAAAAGUCUAUCAUGCAUUAAAUCCUAAAUUGACUGUUAUUGUUCCAGAUGAUGACCGCUCCCUAAUUAACCUGCAUUUAAUGCACACCAGUUACUUCCUCUUUGUGAUGGUCAUUACUAUGUUCUGCUAUGCUGUCAUCAAAGGCAGACCAAGCAAACUACGGCAAAGCAAUUCAGAGUUCUGCCCUGAAAAGGUUGCUUUUACAGAAGCGUGACCCAUCAGUUCCUUCCUCCGAAAGCGACUGAGUCUGCAAUUGUUGCCUGCUGAACCCAGAACUGGGCCCUCAUUCUUUACGGUUUCAGUAUCUUGUGAUGUUGGGUUAUUCCAACCAAAGACAUUUUUAAGUGCCUGUAAUGGAUAUUUAUAUAAAGUGUACUUGGAACCGGUUAAGCCAGGGCACACAGCCACAUUUGUAGUGCAGCUGGAACUAUUUGGAACCAUUUUUUCCUGUUCGUGUCGGACUGUUUUGUGACGGUGUGGCUCUGUGUGGUCAGAGCCGGAGAGGGUGUCUUUUUUAUUAUUAUUAUUUGCUGCAUUGGGACAGUUAAGAUGCCUUUUGCAAGUGUCUCAAAAGAAAAAAGAAAAAGCACCUUAUUUUCCCAGUGGUAUGUACAGCGUGUUUGAAGCGGUCUGCAUCUCUGCUACAAUACUGCAGCUCUAAAGCCCCUGAUACACUACGUGGAUUCAGUGUGUGUAAAAGAUGGUUUCUUCCCUCCCAUUCACACCAUGCUUGCAGAAAGAUACCAACAUCCCUAGAUCUAAAUGGACAACAAAAAAACCCUCACCACAUUCCUGUUUUAAUAUUGGCUGUAAUUAGGAAAGAUAAUGGGUUUAUAAUUUUAGAUUAAGAAAAACAAAAGAGGUAAUGUUCCACUUCUGUUGAAAGUGCUAAAAUUUUAGUCGGACUAGGCUGACUCUCUGUUGCUUUCAUCCUGGACCUUGAAUCGGGGAAUGUUCCUGUACUGAGGUUUUUAACGCUGAUUUGUGCAAGCAGACAAAUGAUAGAAUACUGAGUUCCUGGAACUGUCCCUUUUCAGACAGCAGGCAGGGAGGACAGUUUUGGAUGCUCCACCACAAGAAGAAAGAAGAAGUGUUUGGAGGAGUAGGAUACGCUUUUGCGUUUCAGGGGAGUAGAGUAGCCUUGAUCCAGACAUGCUAAUUGUCAGUAUACAGAGGUUUUUUGUUUGUUUGUUUGCAUGUGUGCUAGGAGGGGUGAGCCAUUCAAACAUGCAAUGCCUCUUUCGUUAUCUGAAGUCAUUUUGUCCCAGGACCUUUGCACCCUGUGGUUGUUCUGCGUGUCUUGGUCACUGUGUGAAAACGGAAAUUCCAUUGGGAUUUGGGGAUCUUAGGUAAAAUUCAAAUAUCAAAGGGAGAAAGAAGCCAGACUUAUGCUAUCUCGGCAGGUAGUUCCCCUUAGUCCAACCUUUUUGAUUUGUUUUGUUGUCUGCAAGAAGAAUAGCAGCGAACUUGUGUUGCAGAGGAAUCCGUCUGGACAGACUUCCACAUGGCUGGUCUCUGCAUCCAGAUCUGGGCUUUCCUCAGCCUUUUGCUUGUUGGAGUUCUGUUGAUUAUAUGCAGCUUUCCUUUCUCAGCUCUUCCUACAGCUUUCUAGUUUGCACAAUGUUUUUGAAUCCAUUCUUGAACUAUAACGUAGGGAACUGGUGGACACACUUGUUGCCACUGCUUUAAAGGCAUUGCAGGUUGCCUUAAUGACUCUCCUGUUCUGCUUUUCCCUAUCCCGAUACCAUCAUCAUCUCUACUUUUUUCUCCCUGAGUAGUUUGCAAACGGCUUCUUUUAGUGUUUGCGCAAAAUAACCAAGCUUGUAGAUUGCUUUCAUGUCAGAGUUCCUUUAUUUCAUUUGUUGGCUUACUUUUGUUGUACUGUAAUAUCUCCCAGAUAGGAUUAUAUCUAGGGACCUACAGGUUUUAGUAUUGGGUAAAAGUCUGGGAAUUAGACUUUUAGAAAAGCAGCCCUCCUUGAAGAAAAACAUUAACAAAAUGAUGUUUUAAGUGUCCUGGUUUGGAAUCGUGGGCUUUGAAAAAAAAAAUCUUGUAUUCCUCUUACCUUUUGCUUUCAUGGUCCGUUCCAGACAUUAACUAGUGAUGGUUCAGAAAUGAUUACAGGGAGGGGGAAUUGGGGGGACAGCAGGAUUGAGAGGUGUGGGUGUAGGAUGCAUUGUGCAAAAGUUAAAACGUAUCCAAGCUUAAUGGUUCAAAUGGAAUAUCACAGUGGUUGUUCGGAUCAUAUUGAUCUUAACUUUUUUUCUUUUUCAUUUUUCACUAUUACUUGAAUCAGUUUUGAUUCUGUUUGUGUUUUCUUGUUAGAAAUCUGCCAUUCCUGUUGAGUUGUUCUUUGGCAUUAUAUGAAGAUUCACAACUUUAUUUCUCCUCCUUCCCUGCCCCCCAAAAACAACUCCUCUGCAGGAGAUGUAUGGUUAUGAUGGCAUUCCACUUGCCUCUGGGCCUGAUGGUCAGUAACUGACUUUGGUAAUGACAUUUCUCUUUUCUUUUAAUUUUAUCUGUGUGUUUGUGAGAUGUGGAUAUUGCUUUGCGAAAUAAAGUUUAUUACUAUCAAUCCCCUUGAGAA